UGGAAGUUCACAAUAGACGAUGUGACCAGCCGACCGUACCUAGCAACAGCUGUGUGUGGCGUUGCCAGAAAUCGUUUCAGUGAAAUCGAUAUACACAGCUGGUUAUCGAAUCACAGCAUAAGUAGAAAAUUUUUAUUGCAAAGUGACGCGUUCAUUCUCCGCAAAUUAUUUGUGAUAAAAGUGUUAAGAGUACAGUUCUAUUGUUUUACUAACGAAUUUCAAGAUGACUGAAGAGUGGCAGAGUCAAAACUUUCGUCAGAAUGUGAUUUCCAAGAUCCAUGAUUUGAUACCGCAAGGCGGCAGUGAGCCGAACAAGAAUGCCAGCGUCAUGGAGAGUCACAUUUUCCGCAAGUCUCGCAACAAGGAUGAGUAUUUGGGCCUGGUGGCCAAACUCUUCAUGCACUACAAGGACAUGUCUCAGCGCAAGUCAGCUCAGCAACAACAGCAGCAGCAACAACAACAACAGCAGCAACAACAGCUGCAGCAACAGCAGCCGCCGCCGCCCAAUGCUGAAAUGGGUCAGCAGAACAUCAUGCAGGAUCCGUUGAAUGCGCUGCAGACGUUGGCCAGCCAAGGCAAUCGUAAUCCGCAGCUGAUGCCGAUGUCUGGUGCACCGCAGGUACCUAAUCAAAUGGUGGCUGGCGGCCCUGUUGGCCCAGGUACCGCCUCAAAUUUGCUGCAAUCACUCAACCAGCAGCGUCCCGGGCAGCAGCAACAGCAGAUGCAACCCAUGCCCAAUAUACGCGGCCAGUUGCCACAGCAGAUGGUGCAAGUGCAGCAAAUGGGCGCGGGCAACGGACCCGGCGGACCCAUGAAUGCCAUGGGCCCAGGACCAGGUGUUCAAGGGCAGGGACAGCAAGGCAUUGUGCCCAACCAAAUGGUGGGACCGGGACCCAACAGUGGACCCACUGGACCAGGCCAAAUGUCGCCCAUGGUGCUGGGCAUGAAUCCCAUGAUGCGUCUGCAGCAAGGCAUGCAGGGCAUGCCCUCGAACAUGCAACAGCAGCAGCAACACAACGUGGUGGGUGGUCCGGCGGGUCCACAGCAGCAGGUGGGCGGUCCAGCUGGGCUGCCGCUGAACGCCGUGAAUCCCAUGGGCGGCAUGAACGUGAACAUGGCACCGAACAUGCAGCAAAAGCCCAGUAUGGGACCCAUGGGGCAGACACCGCAAAUGUUUCCCAACAAUCGAGGCGGAGUUGUUGGCGGUGGACAGCAGCAACAGCAGCAGCCGUUUAUGCGCUCAAGUCCCUCGCCAGCUGAUCCGCAACAGUUGCAGCAACUGCAGCAAUUGCAACAACAACAGCAGCAGCAACAACAACAACAGCAGCAGCAGCAACAACAGCAACAAGUGCAGCAACAACAGCAAUUGGUGGGCAACCAAACGCCCACGCAACAGCCUCCAACUCCACAAAUGCCAACACCUCAAAUGAUACCAAGUCCGGCGCUUGUGCCGCAGUCGAGUCCGCAAAUGAUGAUGCCGAACUCGCAGCGCAACAUUCGCCAGCAGUCGCCGAGUGCAUCGAUCAAUACCCCCGGCCAGGUGACUGGCAACAGUCCGUUCAAUCCCCAAGAGGAGGCGCUAUAUCGCGAGAAGUACAAGCAGCUGACCAAGUACAUUGAACCGUUGAAGCGUAUGCUGGGCAAGAUCAGCAAUGAUGGAGCCAAUGUCGAGAAGAUGACCAAGAUGAGCAAGCUGCUCGAGAUCUUGUGCAAUCCAACGCAACGCGUGCAAUUGGACACGCUGCUCAAGUGCGAGAAGGCGCUGGAGAAGAUGGAUUUGUGCUCCUACUCCGGUCAACAGUUUGGCAAAUCUUCGAAUCCGCUACUCGAAGUCAUCAACACAACGCUGCAGAGUCCGCUGGCCAAUCACACGCUGCAUCGCACUUUUCGUCCCACACUCGAGCUGCUCUUUGGCACCGAUAUUUGUGCUCCGGUGCCCGCCAAGCGACCGCGUCUCGAGGACAAGAGCUCGCCCUUUGAUCAGGACGUGCCUUAUGUGCUGCAAGGCGAAAUCGCUCGGCUCGACAGCAAGUUCAAGGUGAAGCUGGACACCACAGCGCAGAACAACAACAAAGCCAUUCGAUUGAUCUGCUGUCUCGACGACAAGCGAUUGCCCAGCGUGCCGCCCGUGAGCGUUAGCGUGCCCGAAGAGUAUCCCUUCCAGUCGCCGGACUGUUCGCUCACCGAGCAGGAAUACUCGGCCACGCCUUUUCUGCAAAUGGUGCAACAGGCGCUGGUCGCGCGCAUGUCCAAGCUGCCGAGGAACUAUUCGCUGUCGCAUCUGCUGGACACCUGGGAGAUGGCUGUGCGUCAAGCGUGCUCGCCUCAAUCGAAGCCGCGACCCAUUUGCGAGUUGAGCGCCUUGCUGGGUGUUUAA